AUGUAUCACAUUUUUAUCAGUGGAUACCGCCUGGUGGAGGCAGACCAUGGCAAAUCAUUUUAUGUUUAUACUAUUGAAAGGCGGGCUGGCUUGGAGCACUAUAUUACUAAAAUGCUACAAUUAUCAGAGACUAAACAGCAAGUGCUGGAAUUUUUGGGAAUCGAAAGCAGACAUCACCCUGUGAUAACGUUCGCGUAUGACCCGUACGUAAAUCCUGAUAAUAACUCAAGUCUUCCUGAUAUUGUAAUACAAGGAGUAUUGGACGGUAUUUAUAACCCAUAG